AUGAAUCGACGGGUGGAAUGCGGAUCGAACGUUGUUUCUUUCGUCAACGAUUACGUGAGAAUGGUUUACGUGGUGUGUCGAGGAAACAUUUUCGACGCCGAACAGAUUCGCGAGUGCACUAAUUCUACUUACUUUUUCUCCGUGAUGUUAAGAGAUCCCGACGUGAAAACUUCCCUGCGAGAUGAGAGAAUCGAGCAAUUCUUUUUGAUUUCCGAAGACGUUCCACCGAAUUCGCAAAUUACAAUCGGGAACCUACCGAAACUUCGUGACAUCGUCUUAUAUCAUAUGGAAAAUGUGUCGUACAAUUUAGAAAAGUUACCCAACAUUGACAAAAUCUAUGUGUUACGAGUGAUGACGGAAAAGUUUCCGAACGGAUUAUUCAAUCGUCUCCCAUCGUUAACAAUGAUUCACGUAGUAUUAGGAAGAAUAAAAAGUUUUCCAGAAGAUGCAUUUCGUGUUUUGAACAGACUGAAAUCUUUACAUCUUUUCGACAAUCGUUUAGAGGAUCUUCCGGAGAGCCUUUUCCGUGGAUUGCCAUCUCUAGAGGUAUUACGUCUGCAUAGAAAUUUGCUGACGUUUCUUCCUCCCGCCAUAGUUAGAGGACUGACAAACCUUAAAACGCUUACCUUAAAUGACAAUCGUUUAAAUACUCUUCCUCCUUCCCUAUUUGAAGAUAAUUUUAAUUUGCUUUAUCUGAACGCGAGCAACAACAGUUUCCGUUCUCUACCAGAAAUACUAUUGCAAAAUGUCUCAAAAUUAGAGCAAUUUGCUGCCUGCAACUGCGACAUCAGUGAAUUGCCAUCGAAGAUAUUUUCCUCUCGUUACGACUUAAUCGAAGUUCGAAUUUGCGAAAAUCGAAUCGAUCGUCUACACCCCGAUUUGUUUGUAAAUAACGUGUUAAUCGAGAGUAUUGAUUUACACCACAACCAUUUGCAAGAAUUACCUUCUAACAUGUUCCUUAGAAACAAACGGCUCAGGAUACUGAAUUUAAGUAACAAUCUCCUGACCACCAUUUCAUUCCAAGUAUUUAGCUACAUAAGAAAUAUUGAAAUUUUAUUUUUAACGGGAAACAGAAUAACGAAGAUUCAGCAGGAAAAGUUCGACCUCUUGAAAAAUCUGCGAAUGUUGCAUCUGGACGACAAUCCUCUUGGCGCUUUACCGGAGCCGACACCGUUCGGAAGACUGCCACGUUUGACAUCCUUGGGGCUUUCCAACACCUCCUUCACACAGUUUCCUCGAAUGGACUGGAGCGCGUAUAACAUCUCGCUGCUCAGACUGAAUGACAAUCGCCUGUCGAUACUUUACAUCGAAGACCUCCCUCCGGAUAAUCGAUCCAUAAUUUUAUUGAUGAACAAUAACAGCACCACAGUCGCGGGAAAAAUCACCAGAAAUAUGAAUAACGUUCUUCUCUUUUUCAACCCUAUACGGUAUGACUGCGCUUUGAGAAACUACAUCGAAGAGGUUCAGUUUUCGGAAUUCGCUGGAUCUCUGCUCUGUUAUUCUCCUUCUGACUUAAGGAACAAGACUUUAUGGGAACUGACGCCUUCCUACGAGGUGUGUCCCGUUGUAGAACAUUGCGCAGAAAAGUGUCGCUGUUACUUAUAUAAAGGCUUUUCGGUCAUAGUAAAUUGUUCUUUCUCCAAUAUUUCCCACGCUCCUGCAAUACUUCCCGAAAACAUCACAAUAGUUCACCUGGAAUACAACUCUCUUUUCACAAUGAAAAUUACAGACAGUUGGUCAGGAGUGAAUGAACUGUAUUUGGAUUACAAUCGUUUAAAACCUUCUGAGGAUUGGACGUUUCCUUCUUCCUUGAAAUUUCUCACUCUUCGAUACAACAGUCUACAAGAUUUUCCUGCAAAAUUUUUGCAAUACGUAAGUGAUUCUUUUUACAUUCGAGUAGACAUUAGAAACAACGCAUUUUGGUGCAAUUGUUCUUUCAAACCCUUCAAACUGUGGUUGAAUCGCAACGUUCAUAAGAUAGUGGAAGCCGAAGAAGUGAAGUGCAGAAGAUUGUUGUCGGACAACAACACCGUUGUCGUGUCUUCCAUAUUGAAUUUUCCGGACGAUGCGUUUUGUUUGCCUCCUUCGAUGGUAACGAACGUUCCUAUAAUCGUUUCCGGUUUCGUUGUCUGUCUGCUAGGAAUAUUAACAAUGGUGUUCGCUUUCUUCUUUCUGAAGUACAGAAACACCAUCUUGGCUUACGUGUACGUGCAUUUUCCUUGGCUGUACUGCUGCAAGAUUUCCGAACUUGACAAAGAUAAGGCGUUCGAUGCCUUCAUUUCGUAUUCCGGCAGCGACAGAGACAUCGUCAUGUGUUUGUUGAAGGAACUGGAAAAGAAACCCCCAUUCUUUAAGCUGUGCAUCCACGAGCGCGAUUGGAUACCCGGUUAUGACGUAAUAUGUCAGAUAGAAGCUUCGAUUCAAAAUAGCGAUAAAACGAUAUUGCUUCUGUCUGCGGAAUUCUUCAACAGCGUGUGGUGUCAGGCGGAGCUUCGAGCGGCUUUGGUAAAGGCUUUCGAAGAUAAAACAGAAAAGAUAAUUUUCGUAUUGAAGGAUAAUUCGUUGUGUGACGUAGUUCCCGCGGACACGCGCGAGUUGCUACUUAGCAGGACAUACCUGGUGUGGGGCGAAAGAUGGUUUUGGGAGAAGUUGAGAUACGCCUUACCUCGUUGUUCGAAUCAUAAAUCGUUACGUUAUCAAGUUGACGACGUAAGUGCAAGGAUCCUGGAAUUAAAUAGCGAAAGUGCACUUUGA